AUGUCUCUAGAUACUCAAACCAUCGCUUCCUACCCGUGGCAAGAAGCAGACCCUCGCUUUGCCCCAUUACCCGGAAGAAAUCGGCAAGGCAAAUCACACCAUGGUAGAAAUCACGAUUAUAAAAAGCGGAUACGAGAACGAAUUCAUUGUACACGAAGAGCUAGUCACACGGUACCAAGCCAAGCUAUUCAGCAAAAUAUUCGGGCCAGUUGA